AUGGAUGACGAAGUAGAGAGGAGGCCUUUGUCCAGGAUUGGGACUCCAUGGAGUCCCAAUGCUGUAAAUGAUGAUGAUGGUAUUGAUGAUGAUGGUAUUGAUGAUGGUGGUAUUGAUGAUGGUGGUAUUGAUGAUGAUGGUAUUGAUGAUGGUGGUAUUGAUGAUGGUGGUAUUGAUGAUGGUGGUAUUGAUGAUGGUGGUAUUGAUGAUGGUGGUAUUGAUGAUGGUGGUAUUGAUGAUGGUGGUAUUGAUGAUGGUGGUAUUGAUGAUGGUGGUAUUGAUGAUGGUGGUAUUGAUGAUGGUGGUAUUGAUGAUGGUGGUAUUGAUGAUGGUGGUAUUGAUGAUGGUGGUAUUGAUGAUGGUGGUAUUGAUGAUGGUGGUAUUGAUGAUGAUGGUAUUGAUGAUGGUGGUAUUGAUGAUGGUGGUAUUGAUGAUGCUGGUUUUGAUGAUGGUGGUAUUGAUGAUGGUGGUAUUGAUGAUGGUGGUAUUUAUGAUGGUGGUAUUGAUGAUGGUGGUAUUGAUGAUGGUGGUAUUGAUGAUGGUGGUAUUGAUGAUGGUGGUAUUGAUGAUGGUGGUAUUGAUGAUGGUGGUAUUGAUGAUGAUGGUAUUGAUGAUGGUGGUAUUGAUGAUGGUGGUAUUGAUGAUGGUGGUAUUGAUGAUGGUGGUAUUGAUGAUGAUGGUAUUGAUGAUGAUGUUAUUGAUGAUGAUGGUAUUGAUGAUGAUGGUAUUGAUGAUGGUGAUAUUGAUGAUGAUGGUAUUGAUGAUGAUGGUAUUGAUGAUGGUGGUAUUGAUGAUGAUGGUAUUGAUGAUGAUGGUAUUGAUGAUGGUAUUGAUGAUGGUGGUAUUGAUGAUGAUGGCGCGGUAAGAGCGGCGAGUUUGCUAUAA